AUGGCUGUCGCACUCCACAACUCCAACAUGAGCCGCGCAAUCUUCCUGGCGCCCCUUCUCGUGGUGCUCGUCCUGCUUGCGGGGUGUGCAGCAGCAGCCGCGUCGCAGCAAUCCAGCCGGCUGCGAGGGAGGUCGUUGGCGGCUUUCAAUGCCCUGGAAAAGAACUCAACACGGCCGGUCAAAACCCCUCUCGACGACAUGAAAGAGAAGGGCGAGGGGUCAGGAAGCAACGGGAACGGCGGGGGAGCUUCCAACCACGACCAAGAAGCAGACGACGAGGCUGACGCAUCGUCAAGCGUUGACGACACCAACGAGGGCGAAAACGAUUCCGACUCGUCGUCCCAGGACGACACGACUCUCGACGACUCGCACGCCCAAUCCAGCCAGCCCACGCCGCAGCCCCCGCCGUCCGAGGGUUGCCCCACGACCCCUGACGUAUGCAGCUUCGUGUUCAAGGGCUACGAGGACUCGAUCCCCGUGUUCCCGCUUCCCAAGACCGCCGACUCCCCGAUCGGCACCACCAUUGAAGGCAACGUGAAGGGCAGCUCGAUCGUCGUGCGCACGCUCAACUCGCGCGACGCGCAGUACCCGUGCACGAAGAAGACCGGCUUGGAGAAGCUCAAGGACCAGUUCUACGCCGUCAACGAUGUGAUCCAAGUGCGCACCAUCCAGUCCGACGAGGACAGGAAAAAGCUGAGCGGGGAGAUCGUCAGGGUGCAAAUCUCGGGCGCGGCCAUCGACGUGUUCAACCAGCUCUUCAACCUCAACCCCGGCGAUGGCUCCACGUCCUUCCCCGAGGAGAAGCGCUGCGUCGUCUUCCAAGUCGAAUAG